AUAGCUAGCUAGCGCUCUUUCAUCAUCAUCACUAUUCUCUCUCUCUCUCUCUCUCAAUACUCACUCAUACACUCCCGAACACAACACAACGAAGUUGAGGCAAAGCAAGAAAGGGAAGCUUAGGAGGCAUAGCUGAGUGAGUAGUGAUACUCACUAUUCUAAUGCACCCGAUUGAACUUUGCUGUGAACAAGUGAUACCCUUCUUCUGAAAUCUUAAUCUGAUGGAUGAUUGGCAUAGAAUUUACAUGUACUAGGGCAUGAAAACCUUCAAGCUCCUCUGUUUGGAGUCCAUUUCCAUUGCUUCAGCAUUGCUGAUCGGUGAGUUUUAACUGACCCAGCCUUCAAGAUUGUAUCUUUGCACAACCCCUUUUAAUGGGGUUGCGUCUUGUUUUCUACUGAUUGUGCCUCAGCUAAAAAAAAAACUGUUUUUUUUUUUUUUGGCCCGAGAUGGGUCUUUUGUCGUUCUCUCUUGCACAGUGUAUGUCCAUUGUUCCAUUAUUUGGUUACCCAUUUGCUGAAAUGGCUGUAUUUUGUUUGGAUUUUCGUCUUUCUUACUCUCUCUUCUGAUAAAAGCAUCUAGCUUCUGCUAAGCUUCAGAUUUUUAAGCUGUUAGUGCGUGUGAAGAUUCGGGAUUCUAUAGUGUACACUGCAUCACGAUUCGUAAAUUUCCUACUUUUUCUUCUUAUGCUUUACUUUGUGUGUGUCAAUUGAGCAUUUGUUAUGAAAUUGGAUUCAGGGAGAUGUUAGUUCUAUUUUUUUUAAUCUUUUGUGCUCAGAGUGGUGUUGAUAAUUCGUAUGUUAAUCUAGAGUACCAUUAUAUUUGAUAGCAUUUAUUUCAUGUCCUCCUAUGGUAAAUUUCUAGAAUUGGGCUGGACUUUGCAAUUGAACAACUUGCUUAAUGAUCUCUAUUUCCCAUCUCUUUGUUAUUUACUUGUUAGUUUUAGUUUUACUUUAUGUAGAUGAAUUUUACAUUGAGAAAAACGUUUUUUCUUUUGCUGGACAUGUCUGUAAAGAAAUCUGUAUAAAAAUAUGCCCUCUGAACAAUUUUCCUUUUUGAUUUUUAAGUUGUUUAGUUAAUUGAAAAAUAUUUGUAGUUUGAAUGUAACAGAAAAUAGUAUUUAGAUUUGGUUAAGUUGAUCUGGGUCAUCAGUGAUUUAAGUUUGGUAAGCUACUGUAAGUGUGAUGUAGGAAAAUUGACCAAUGACUCAGACUCGAUUGGACUUAAGAGGUCAUCAUUCUGGAUCAUCACAAUCGGAGGAGUCAGCCCUGGACUUGGAAAGGAGCUACUAUGUUCAUCCUAAUCCUUUGUCCAGCCCUUCACCCUUGCAACCUUUUGCAGCAGGUGCUCAGCAUUCUGAGAGCAAUGCUGCCUACUUUUCUUGGCCUACGUUGAGUCGCUGGAAUGAUGCAGCCGAAGACAGGGCCAACUAUUUUGGGAACCUUCAAAAGGGUGUGCUACCUGAAACUUUGGGUCGAUUGCCAACAGGACAGCAAGCUACUACCUUGCUUGAACUGAUGACUAUUAGGGCUUUUCAUAGCAAGAUCUUACGCCGAUUCAGUCUUGGCACUGCAAUUGGAUUUCGGAUUAGAGGAGGUGUUUUGACUGAUAUUCCAGCUAUUCUUGUCUUCGUUGCUCGUAAAGUUCACAGGCAAUGGCUCAACCAUGUUCAGUGCCUACCUGCUGCCCUUGAGGGGCCUGGAGGCGUUUGGUGUGAUGUGGAUGUUGUGGAGUUCUCCUAUUAUGGUGCACCAGCACAAACUCCUAAAGAACAAUUAUAUACGGAGCUUGCUGAUGGCUUAAGAGGAAGUGAUUCCUGUGUUGGCUCUGGUUCUCAGGUUGCAAGCCAAGAGACAUAUGGAACCUUAGGUGCUAUUGUCAGAAGCCGAACAGGAAAUCGAGAAGUUGGUUUUCUAACAAACCGCCAUGUAGCUGUUGAUUUAGACUAUCCAAACCAGAAGAUGUUUCAUCCAUUACCACCCAGCCUUGGACCUGGUGUAUAUCUUGGUGCUGUUGAGAGAGCAACAUCAUUCAUUACUGAUGAUCUUUGGUAUGGAAUUUUUGCAGGAACAAACCCAGAAACAUUUGUGCGAGCUGAUGGUGCCUUCAUCCCAUUUGCAGAAGAUUUCAAUAUGAACAAUGUAAUUACAUCUGUAAAAGGAGUGGGUGAAAUUGGCGAUGUAAACAUCAUAGACUUGCAGUCUCCGAUCAACAGUCUCAUUGGAAGACAAGUGCUUAAAGUUGGAAGAAGUUCUGGUUUGACUACAGGGACUAUAAUGGCCUAUGCCCUAGAGUACAAUGACGAGAAAGGGAUUUGUUUUCUCACUGAUUUUCUUGUUGUUGGUGAGAACCAGCAGACAUUUGACCUUGAAGGUGACAGUGGAAGCCUCAUUCUUUUGACUGGAAAAAAUGGGGAGAAGCCACGCCCUGUUGGUAUUAUCUGGGGUGGAACAGCUAAUCGGGGUCGUUUGAAACUAAGAGUUGGCCAACCCCCAGAAAAUUGGACCAGUGGAGUUGAUCUUGGCCGACUUCUUGAUCUCCUUGAACUUGAUCUCAUUACGACAAAUGAAUCACUUCAAGCUGCGGUGCAAGAACAAAGGAAUGGCUUUGCAGCUGGAAUUGAUUCGACAGUUGGAGAAUCCUCUCCCACUGUGCCGAUAAAAGAAAAGCUUGAAGAGAGCUUUGAGCCUUUUUGCUUGAAUAUCCCACAAGUUCAAGAUGAACCCUCUCGAAGAGUCAACCCUUCAUUAAGGCCUUGUGAAUUUCAUAUAAAAAAUGAGAUGGAAACAGCUCCCAAUGUAGAACACCAGUUCAUACCAAGUUAUGCAAGCAAAUCUCCGGUAUGUCAAAGCUACGUGAAAGAAGACUUGGAACUGAAAAGUCUAGCUGAACUUAGGAAUGGCCCUGAUGAAGAUAAUUUUGUUUCCUUGCAUUUAGGCGAGCCUGAAAUGAAGAGAAGAAAGCAUUCAAAUUCUUCUUUUGGUAUCAAAGAAUUGAAGUAGCUAGUAGGUUUAAAACUGAAGUAAGAUGAUGCAACAUAUAGACUCAUUGAAGCGAACGUCUCAUUUGCAUGGCUGUUCUGUAUGCUUAGAAACGCAAAGCCUCUAGCAUGUGAUGGCUAGUAUGGGAAGAGCUUCAAAAGCAAAGUAUAAACAAGGUUCAUUUAUGGAUGAGAUUCUUAUUCUUUUUUUUUUUUUUUUUUCCCUUUCCAUGUUUCGGCAAAGUGAUGAUAUUAGUCACUUGUGAGUUAUAUAAUAUUUUAUAGAGGACAUUUAGCUUGCACUGUGUUGGAUGAAUCUUCAAUUUGUACCACUUUGUAGACUUUGUAUCAUAAGCACUCCUGAAAGAGGAGCAGCUAUUGUAAGUUAACGGAAUGUGAAAUAUAUCCUUUUUAAGCAGCUUCAAGUCUAUUUUGUAUUGAUCUUUUAUCUUUAUACUUUCAGUUUCCACUGUGAAUUUUGAAACAGCUGAUGAUUUUAUGUAAAGGGCAAUUUUCUGAUGGAGCAGUGAAGGAUGACAAUUUGUGGUCACUAAUUAUUUUGAGUAAAUUCUCAUGUUAAUUUUU